AUGCUUGCACCAUAUUGUGAUGGAAUUGACUUAAAUUGUGGUUGUCCUCAACCCUGGGCGAUAGGUAGUGGAUUAGGAUCAGCUCUAUUAAAAGAACCUGAAAAAGUUGCCAAUAUUGUACAUGCCGCUCGAAAUACGAUUCCACGAUGGCGUAAUUCUCAUAUGGAAAGUUGUAAAAUGUUAGACUAUAUAGAGGAUUCAAAUAACGAUAACAAAGCAGAAAAUAAAUUUAGGUCUAUAACACGAUCUCAUGGUCCAUUCUCAAUUUCUGCUAAAAUUCGUAUACCAACUACAAGUGAUAGAUCUGUUGGAGAAGGAAGUUCAUGCGAUCCAAUCAAACUUACCGUUGAACUUGUCCGACGUUUAUCUGUAAUGGGUGUUGACUGGGUUACACUACAUGCAAGAACACCUCAACAACGUAGCAGGGACUGUGCUUCAUGGAAUGUGGUUCAAGAAUUGGUCGACUGUAAAAUUAAACAUUCUUACUUGGGUACUGAUAUUCCAAUAAUACUGAAUGGUGAUGUCCGUGUACUAAACGAUGCAUAUUGUGCUCAGGAAAUGACCGGUUGUCAUGCCCACAAGCGGAAUAGUCAGCUUGAGUUGGCUUUUGUACUUGAUCCUGGCAUCAUUUGGCCUAUCCGGAUGUAUAUGGAUUUCAGUUGGCGACCAGCGUCCGUUGGCACGAAAUGCUUCGUAAGUUGUAGCCGCUAUAUGGGGAGAUGGAGAGGUUAUUUUCAUCAGCCGAAGUCUAAAAUCCCCGUCCAUCUUGGCUGGUCUCACCAACUGUUGAGUAAAUAUCUUUAUGAGCUUCAAGGAUGAAUUUGGAAUCCCGAAUAUCGGAGUCUGAGAAGGCAGGGUUCACGUUUUCUGGCACACCUUGCACAAUGUUAUUUCUUCUGCGGGAAAACAUCGCUCAAGACUCCUCAGGAAUGCUCUGACGAUAUUGCCCUCAGAAUACAGUAUAUCAGGCAGUAUUCUUACAUUCCCAUCUGAGUCCAGUAAGUGACUAGCUAGCAGAACAUCCUCUACGUCGGCAGUGUCAUUGAGCGUUACACGAAGGAGUCCUUCCGUGUAACCGUCAGAGGCUCUAUUUUAGGAAGUUUGAGCUUCCUUUUUAGCUCUUCCCAAAGCAUUUUGUCCUCAUUUUCCUGAAGACUAAGAGGAAGGUCAGAGCUUCUUUUAGGUUUAUGAUUAUGAGAGAAUCAUCGCGAAUCAUUUUCACAGGUUUUCGGGUGCGUUCAGGUUGGGACCUUUCUACUUGGUAGUUGAAAUGCGUUUCGGAUUCCCGUGCUCUUUGAUGACUGGUUGGAUAAUCUUAGGGGGAGAUUGUACAGCCAAAUCACCAGUUGGCUUCACUACAAAACCUGGAAUGCUCUACUUUUUAGAUGGUGACACUCGAUCUUUUUAAAUUUGUUGACGGGGUUCCAAUGGUCUACAGAGUUUUUGGGGGCCACCGUUGGAUUUAGGAAGGUACGAGUUUGCUGAGAGAGUCAAGUACUGUCAAUGUUAUGAUGUUGCUGAGCUUCAGCAUAUCGUCAUCAGUGUCGAUACAUGUUCUGUCGAUAUUGACGUUGUCGAGGUCCCUCUUCUUUUCCUCACUACGCGUCUUUGUUUACCCGUUUUAGGACUACGUAUUUUCAGGUUUGCUGACGUUUUUG